AUGAAGAUUUUAUAUCUCUGUGUGUUAGCAGCAUGUGCGUGGACGUCCGAGUCACUCAUACGUAUACCCCUCACAAAGUGUAACUCCUUGAGACAAUCUAUGUCUGACUCAGAGAGGGAUUUCAGUCGUCUAUUCCAUGAUUCCUACUCCGACAACUUUGACGACGAUGACGCCAGUGGGUCCAGCAAAGUGGCUCUGAGGAACUAUGUUGAUGCUCAGUUCUAUGGAGAGAUUAGUUUAGGAACCCCACCUCAAAUGUUCAGGGUGACCUUUGACACUGGAUCCAACAAUCUCUGGGUGCCCUCUUCCAAGUGCUCCGUCGCUGACAUCACAUGCUUGAUUCACCGGAAAUACAAUGAUACCAAGUCCAGCACAUAUGUCAAGGGUGGAAGAAAGUUUUCAAUGCAUUAUGAACUGGGAAGUGUAACUGGGUAUCUCAGCCAGGAUACGUGCACAAUUGGAAGUGUAUCCGUAAAAGAUCAGGUGUUUGGUGAGGCCGUCAAGAUAUAUGGAGCGAACUUCGUUGGUGCUAAAUUCGAUGGAGUUCUGGGAAUGUCUUACCCAACGGAUGAUGCCAUGAGCCCUGUCUUUGACAACAUAAUGAAAGAGAAGCUGUUGGCGGAGAAUGUUUUCUCCUUCUACCUCAACCACAAGAUCUCCUCCAACCAGCCAGGGGGACAGCUAGUGCUGGGAGGGACUGACCCUGCAUACUACACUGGGGACUUCCACUAUGUCAACAUCACCACAAAGGACCUCUGGAACAUCCACAUGGACGGUUUGAGCGUUGGAGAGGAUGUCAAGCUGUGUAAAGGUGGCUGUGAGGCCGUGGUGGACACUGGCACCUCCCUGAUCCUAGGUCCCUAUGAUGAGAUCAGUGCUCUGCAGAAGGCUGUAGGAGCUGUGCCCUGGAACCGUGGAAAGUACACGGUUGACUGUGAGAAAGUGUCCUCCCUCCCCAAUGUCUCCUUCACUGUCAGUGGAAAGGUCUACCCUCUGACUGGAGAACAGUAUAUUCUCAGGUGGACUACGAAGGGCAAGAAAGUCUGCCUUUUAGGUUUUUCCCCCUCAGGCUUCCCUGGCUGGACCCUGGGAGAUAUCUUCAUUGGAGCUUACUACACAGUCUUUGACCGGGACAACGAUAGGGUGGGAUUUGCCAAAGCAAUAUAAGAGGAAGGGAAAGUGGAUACCUCGUCAGUUGCACAACUGAAUACAUUCAACCGAAAUGUGUCUUCUGCAUCCGCAUUUAAUCCAAACCUUCUAGAUAGCCCUGCCCAGUGAAAUAAUGUUGAAAAGAGUGUAAUGCUAAAACACCUGAUGGUAUAAAAUACAGUAUAUACAUAUGGGAGGAGUAAUGCUAAAACACCUGAUGGUAUAAAAUACUGUAUAUACAUAUGGGAGGAGUAAUGCUAAAACACAUGAUGGUAUAAAAUACAGUAUAUACAUAUGGGAUAAGUAAUGCAAGAUAUGUAAACAUCAUUAAAGUGGCAUCAUUAA